GGAGUGGCGCGCGGUUGUUUUGUCCUACAUAGAGUAGACGCGCCACCUAAACCCUGUAGUUAUGCAUUGCUGUACGACAUCACUCACCCCCACCACCGCAAAAUUAUCCUCACUCGAUGUCCACACCAUCCCCCGCCUUGCGCCGACUCGUCUUCAGUACACGGAGCGCCCCAACGCCGUCUACGGCAAUCCAGACGCAGCGAACAAAAUGGAACCCAAAAGCGCCCCCCAGAACAGUCUCGCAGCAGCAACCUGAACCGAUCCCCACAGCAGCCCGACCGCAAUCAGAAGCAGAGCUGCCUUUGACGCGUCGAAAACGUGAGAAUUAUAUCACAACCCUCGCCACUACGAGCCUGAAAACGCCCGCUGCGAGAGUUCAGCGGCAACCAAAAGUGGAGCCGCGGUUCCCGCCCCGACCUGGAAAAGACGCCAGCACACUCAGCACAGCCAGAGCACCGGAACCCAUAGGUCCCCCGCGACGGCCCAGUUCCAGCUACAGGAGCGCUGCAGCGCCCUCGACAGCAACUCGGCCGCAAUCGGAACCCCGAUCGAAACUGCGCUUCCCGCCUGGAAAAAAGGACGGAGAUGACACCCAAACCCGCACCGCUACGAGCCCGACACCUGCCCGCCCGCAGCCAAAACCACCACGAGCUUCUAAAACCCGAGAAAAAUAUGACACCGCUACCCUUAGCACCCUAAGCACCCCAAGCACCCCAAGCACCCCCAGGGCACGGAAACAGCAAGGACCCUCACGCGCUAAACUUCAAUCGGUGGUAAAGUUCUUCCAAACCUUCUACCCAAACUUCCAUCAUGCGCGCGACGCGCCCUUCCCCGCCGAGUUCCUCCGGCUUCACGACAGGCAAGCAUGGCCGCUCCCCUCAGUCGUCGUGUACCAUCCCGAGCGAGACGCUGUGUGGCGCCGGUAUCAUCUCGCCGUUUAUGAGGCGUUUGCGGAUACUUUUGGGCGGUCGAACGAAAAUGGGAUUGCUUGGAAGCGGUUGGCAGAGCGGGUUGGUGUUGAUCCGGAAGACGAGCUUGUGAAGGAGAAGGUGAUGGAGAAGGAUUUUAGUAUUACUGGAUUGGUUGCGGGAAUGCAGCGGAGGGAGAGGGUUAUCACGGAGAUUUGUGCGACUGAUAGAGAGCUGGAGAGCGUGCCGCUUGAGCAGAGAGAUAGAUUCUAUCCUGAGGUGAGUGAGUUAAGGGAGCAGGAUGGGAUGGUGAAGUGUCUGGUUAGGGAGACGAAGGGAAGGGGAAAGGGGCCACUGGGAUGGAACGAUAUGGCACUGAAUGAGGCCAGUCGUAGGAGCGUGGAGUGUGAAUUGCCGCAAUAGACGUAUCCUACCGUAGUCUAUCGUAGGUGUCUCGGUAUCGAGCUCGAGACUGGAGGCCAAUUUUCACCUUGUACUCUAGGCGCCGGGGGAGAGGUACGGCCUGGUACCUACCACAUGACAAAUAUACCACCACACAAACAUUCGCU